AUGCAAAGUAAUCAAACACAAAAUCAACUCUCAUCUGAUCAUUUCCCAAUUGUCUUCCAAAAUCACGAACAAUUGGUUAAAUAUCGAGAGGAUUUAGUUCAAAUGUCCAAAGAUGUUAAAAUCGCUGCGACACAAUUUCAUUCACAGUCUAUUCAACGUUACGACCAUGAAAAGGCAAUCGAAAAAUAUAAACAAAAUCUUGAACGGGCGGAAGAGAAAAUGAAAGAGCUGGCUGCUGCAAAGAAUAACUAUGAGGCUCUUAUUGCGGAAAUGAAUGAUGAAAAGCACGUUGAAAUAAAUUAGAAUACUGAAAUUUGAAAUUGAGUAGGAAGUUUUAAAAUUUGUUUUUGUUAA